GCACCUCGCCCCUCCAAUGACCUUCACGUCACAUUGCGUUUCACCGCUUCGUUCCCCUCGGCCGGCUGUGCAUAUGCGAGGCAGACAUGCACCACGGAGGAAAAUGCGAGAUAGUCGCAUACUGCACCACGUUAAAGAGAACUUGCCACUUAAGCUCAUCGCAUAUACUCUGAGCAAGCACCUCCCACACUUGAGGGGGGGUCGGAUGACUUUUACACGCCUGUUAUAAAGCGCGCGUUACAAAUUACAACACCGGGAGCAACCCGCCCGCCCUCACGGGUAUAUAAACGUCCCCGUCCGGUAACUUUUACCAUCCUUCCCUCCAAACCACACACAGCUCCUUCUAAAAUGGCUCCUCCUACCCAAAUCGAAACCCUUGUCCAAGAAUCCCCCCGGGUGAUCCAUCUCUCCGGAAGCCCGGCUCCAUCCACCUGUCUUGACCAAUUCGGUGACUGGGAAAACUUCAAGUUUGCCCCAAUCCGUGAAUCGAUCGUCUCCCGUGCCAUGACCAAGCGCUACUUUGCAGACUUGGACAAGUACGCCGAGUCUGAUAUUGUGGUUGUGGGUGCUGGCUCUGCCGGUUUAUCUGCGGUCUACGUUCUUGCCAAGACCCGACCAGACCUUAAGAUUGCUGUGAUCGAAGCCAAUGUCUCUCCUGGUGGUGGAUGCUGGUUGGGCGGGCAGUUAUUCUCCGCCAUGGUGUUGCGUAAGCCAGCGGAUGCAUUCCUCAAUGAGAUUGGCGUUGCGUAUGACGACGAAGGCGACUACGUUGUAGUCAAGCACGCCGCUUUGUUCAUGUCCACCUUGCUUUCAAAGGUGUUGAACUUCCCUAACGUCAAGUUGUUCAACGCUACCGCUGUGGAGGAUCUCAUCACCCGUCGCGACCCCGCCACCGGUGAGUUGCGUGUUGCUGGUGUUGUCACAAACUGGACAUUGGUUACCAUGCACCACGACGACCACUCCUGCAUGGACCCUAACACCAUCAACGCCUCGGUUGUCCUUUCCUCGUCUGGUCACGACGGUCCGUUCGGUGCUUUCUCCGCCAAGAGAGCCCAUGCCAUUGGUGGCUUGCCAAAGUUGGGUGGGAUGAGAGGUCUUGAUAUGAACACCGCCGAAGACGCGAUCGUCAAGGGCACCAGAGAGGUGUGUCCUGGCUUAGUUAUUGCGGGUAUGGAGAUUGCCGAGGUGGAUGGUUCCAACAGAAUGGGGCCAACCUUUGGUGCCAUGGCACUUUCCGGCGUCAAGGCUGCCGAAGAGGUGCUCAGAGUGUAUGAGGAGAGAAAGAAGCAGAACGAGUACCACGGUUAAGGCUAGGUGUGGGGUUUUUUUUUUUUGGCUAAUAUCAC